AUGAGUCUGGGCGGGAAGGAGCUGUCCAAUCUCCUGGGCAUCCUGACGGAGGAGGCCUGCAGUAACACGUUCGAGGGCCUGUCCACCGCCUUCCACCACUACUUCACCAAGGCCGACCAUUUCCGGGUGGGCUCGGUGCUGGUGAUGCUCCUCCAGCAGCCGGACCUCCUGCCCACCUCCCCGCAGCGCCUCACCGCCCUCUACCUGCUGUGGGAGAUGUACCGAACCGAGCCCCUCGCCGCCAACCCGUUCGCCGCCAUCUUCGCCCAUCUCCUCAACCCCCCGGCCGGGGAGGAGGCCGAGAGGCUGCUGUCAGGUUUUCUGCCACCAAUUACACCACCUGAAAAAUUCUUCCUUUCUCAGUUGAUGUUGGCACCACCUAGAGAGUUAUUUAAAAAGACACCUAGACAGAUAGCUGUCAUGGAUGUAACAAAUUUGGCACAGCCGGUAGACAUAAGUGGACUUCAGUUAGCGCUAGCAGAACGGCAGUCUGAACUUCCAACCCAGAGUAAGGCCAGUUUCCCAAGCAUCCUAAGUGACCCUGAUCCAGACUCCUCCAAUUCUGGUUUUGACAGUUCUGUUGCUUCUCAAAUUACCGAAGCUUUGGUCAGUGGUCCAAAGCCACCAAUUGAAAGCCACUUCCGUCCAGAGUUUAUACGUCCCCCUCCUCCUCUACACAUCUGUGAUGAUGAACUUGCUUGGCUGAAUCCCAUUGAACCUGAUCAUGCCAUCAAGUGGGACAAAUCAAUGUGUGUAAAGAACAGCACUGGUGUAGAAAUUAAACGCAUCAUGGCCAAGGCAUUUAAAAGUCCACUGUCCUCUCCUCAGCAGACACAGCUCCUUGGAGAGUUAGAAAAAGACCCUAAGCUGGUUUAUCACAUUGGCCUCACUCCUGCCAAGCUUCCAGACCUGGUAGAAAACAAUCCCUUGGUUGCAAUUGAAAUGUUGCUAAAGCUGAUGCAGUCAAGCCAGAUUACAGAGUAUUUCUCAGUACUGGUCAACAUGGACAUGUCGUUACACUCAAUGGAAGUUGUUAAUCGGCUAACAACUGCAGUUGAUCUUCCUCCUGAAUUUAUUCACCUUUAUAUAUCAAACUGCAUAUCCACCUGUGAGCAAAUUAAGGACAAAUAUAUGCAGAAUCGCUUGGUCAGACUAGUUUGUGUCUUUCUACAGUCUCUGAUUAGAAACAAAAUUAUCAAUGUCCAGGACUUGUUUAUAGAGGUGCAGGCUUUCUGUAUAGAAUUUAGCAGAAUACGAGAAGCAGCUGGCCUUUUCCGACUUUUGAAGACUUUGGAUACUGGAGAAAAUCCACAAGAGGCCAAACCUACGAAAUAA